UAUUUUGGAGAAAUUAAUUGGAUUUUUUGGGUCAUGAGUAAUGCAAUGGAUGUUACCCAAAAUGAUAUAUAAAGCUCUCAUUCCCUGAACACCAUCAUGUCUGAACAGUAAACUCUGAAGCAUAUAAACAGAUUCAGAUAAUUCUGUCGAGUUUUUUCGACCAUUAAGCAACGUUUUCGAUGAGUAGAAGCGUGUACCCCCAUGACCAUUAUUUGAGUUACGGAGUUCCGGAUGAAAUUGUUGAGAAUCUAGAACAAUUCUUUCCGGAUAAUGAUGGUCUUAGCUAUGAAGAGGUUCUCUUACAGCAGGCAAGCAUGUAUCAAUCAUUUCAAGAACGUGAUAUGAGCAACAGUGUGGGUACGUAUGAUGAUGGCAUCCAGAACUGGGGUCGUCCUGUACAGGAUGAAGGUGAAUCCUCGAGGCAUGUAGGUGGGUUGUCACAGGAAGCCAUGGAUGAAGCUUUGGCUAGAUCUUUGCAGGAACUAGAGGAUGGAUUUGAGGGUGUUUUUAUAUCUGAACACAGUGGCAGUGCAAGUGGUAACACAGGAAGUUCUAUAGCAACUCCUUCGAGGGCCGAGGUUGCAAGCUCGGAUUCGGGCCAAAACUCCAUUGAUCCUGAUAAUAUGCAAUAUGAGGAAUUGGUGAACUUGGGUGAAUCCAUUGGUGUUGAAAAUAGAGGGAUAUCGGGAGCCCUUCUUUCUCGGUUACCGACUUCCAAGUACAGAUCUGGAUUGUUCUCAAAGCUUAAGAAAAAGGAAGAAAGCUGUGUCAUAUGUCAAAUGAAUUACAACUCUGGUGAUCUGUUGAUCAUGCUGCCUUGCUCGCAUCGGUAUCAUACAAAGUGCAUUACUGAUUGGUUGAUGGUGAAGAAGAACUGCCCUAUUUGUCAAAAGGAGGUGGUUUAAAACCUUGAAGAAGUGAAGAAAGGAAGAAGCUUUGCAUGGAGAAGAUACAAGAAAACUGGUUUAUAGAUAUUAAUAUAUAUAGAUAUAUAUAGGGUAGAUUUCAAUUGCAGACCAAGUCAUUCUAAACAAACUCAAUCUCUACCAUUGGUUCACUUGAUCUACGGUCA